AUGCAGCCGUACGAGAUCGCAGUCGACGAGGGAGACUUUGAGGACUUUGGCAUCCACGCCCAGCAGGAACCCCUCUACUCGGACGCAGGGAACGAGCAAAUCGCCCAGCAGCAGCGCAUCGCCGAAGCAGCCGCCGCGCAAGCAUCGGCACUCGAAGCGCUCGGCGCCGUCCCCGAACCCGUCAAGCGCUACUUGAUCUCGCUCUGGACGCUCCUCAACGCACCGCAGCCCAACCUUGCCGAGAUCCAGUCCGCGUACGAGGCCGGUUGGAACAGGCUCACCGACAAGUUCUACGCCAAGACCGAGUGGCCCGACGCAGAGAUCAUCGCUCCCCUCGUCAACCAUGACGAAGUCUUCCUCGCCCUGUACCGCGAAAAGUCCUUCCGACACAUCUUCGCCAACCUGAACCCGAACCUCGACGACCGCAUCCAGUCGUACGACCAGUACUGCCAGCUCUUCAACCUCAUCCUCAACGCGCCCGGUCCCUUGCCUGUCACGCUUCCCAUUGACUGGCUUUACAACAUCAUCGACGAGUUUGUGUACCAGUACACGGCGUUUGCGCUGUGGCGCAGCAAGACUCAGGGUAAGACAGACGAGGAGAAGGCUAUCCUCGCCGAGUCGGGCCAGGUCUGGUCGUGCUACUCGGUCUUGAACGUCCUGUACUCGCUCAUCCAGAAGAGCAAGAUCCAGGACCAGCUGGCGGCGGCCCAGAAGGGCGAGGAUGUCGAGGCGGCUGCGGGCGAAUACGGCUCGAUCCCGUUGUACCACAACCUCGGGUACUUUGCGAUCCUCGGCCUCGUGCGCGUGCACGUCCUCCUCGGCGACUACACGCUCGCGCUCUCGAUGCUCGACCACAUCGACCUGAACAAGAAGGCGCUGUUCACGCGCGUCACCUCGGCCCACGUCGCCGUGUACUACUACGUCGGGUUCGCGUAUCUCAUGCUCGGGCGGUACCCGGACGCGAUCCGCGCCUUCUCGCACAUCCUCUUCUUCGUCCUCCGGUUGAAGCACUUCCAGCGCGGCUCGCAGUUUGACCAGAUCAACAAGACGGCCGACCGGAUGUACGCGCUCCUCGCCAUCUGCCAGGCUCUGUGCCCGACCAAGGUCGACGAGGGGAUCUCGACCGCGAUGAAGGACAAGUUUGGCGAGCAGUACGGCAAGAUGGUUCGUGGCGGAGCCGACGCGCUCCCCGCGUUCCAGGAACUCUUCACCCACGGCGCACCCCGGUUCAUCUCGCCCAACCCGCCGCCGUACGAAGCCGAGUCGGACGAGGUCCUGUCGCAGUUCGCCUCGCUCCCCGACCCCUCGGCGCACCAGCUCUCGAUCUUCGUCGCCGCCGUCGAGCCCCAACUCACCACCUCGACCUUGCGGUCGUUCCUCCGCCUGUACACGACCCUCGGCACCGACAAGCUUGCCAAGUUCCUCGAGCUCGAAGACGAGGAGAGCGUCCUCGAGAUGCUCAUGACGGCCAAGGGCGCGGCGAGGAAGACGACCUGGGUCAAGGGCUCGUUGCUCGAGGGCGAAGAGACGGGCGUGAGCGACAUCAACUUUGGGAUCGACGAGGGUCACCUCACCGUCGCCCAAUCGACCACCUCCCGCCGCUACGGCGACUUCUUCUCACGCCACGCACUCAAGUUCUCGGACGUGUACGAGCAGCUCCGACACAAGCCCCUGCCUGUGCCCAAGCCUCGCGCGGCGCCGCAGUCGGGAGCGAAGGACGAGGGGAAGAAGGUUGGGUUUGCAGGUGUCGAGGGGCAGAGGAGGGAGAUUAGGGCGUAG